GAGCAAGGGUGCUCCCAGCACGGUUGGGCACUGCAGCAGGAAAGGCGGACCAGGAGAAGCUCCGGUCACUCAGAUGUGAAGCUGACCCUAGUGCAGGGGCCCCUCCUCCCAGACUGCUGGCCUGUGCCCUGGUGUUCUCUAGAGACACAGAGACCCUCACAGUCCACUACAUGGCAGCCUGACCCCUCAGUCCAACACAUGACCCUGUGCUUUGCAGGUCACCAGUUUGGGCUACAUACCGCAGCCAGCAAGUGGGACUCAGGGAACCCCGCCAGCAACCUCUCCACGGUAGCCGCCAUGCCUGUGUCGGAGGACGUGCCCCUCACUGCCUUUGCCCUGGAGCUCACGCACGCCCUCAGUGCCAUUGGCCCCACCCUGCUGCUGACAAGUGACAACAUAAAACAGCGCCUGGGUUCUGCUGCCCUGGACAGUGUCCAUGAGUACCGGCUGUCCAGCUGGCUGGGGCAGCAGGAGGACAUGCACCGCAUCGUGCUGUACCAGGCAGACAGCACCCUCACGCCCUGGACCCAGCGCUGCAUCCGGCAGGCUGACUGCAUCCUCAUCGUGGGCCUGGGUGAGCAGGAGCCCACGGUGGGCGAGCUGGAGCGGAUGCUGGAGAACUCAGCUGUGCGAGCCCAGAAGCAGCUGGUCCUGCUGCACCGGCAGGAGGGGCCGGCCCCCGCCCGCACCGUGGAGUGGCUCAACAUGCGCAGCUGGUGCUCUGGCCACCUGCACCUCCGCUGCCCCCGCCGCGUCUUCUCCAGGAGGAGCAUGCCCAGGCUGGUGGACAUGUACGAGCAGGUCUUCCAGAGGCCCCCCGACCGGCACUCGGACUUCUCCCGCCUGGCCCGGGUGCUGACUGGCAAUGCCGUCGCCUUGGUGCUUGGUGGGGGAGGGGCCAGAGGCUGUGCCCAGGUUGGCGUUAUCCGGGCCCUGACGGAGUGUGGCAUCCCCGUGGACAUGGUUGGAGGGACAUCAAUCGGGGCCUUCAUGGGCGCCCUGUACGCUGAGGAGCGGAACUACAGUCAGAUACGGAUCCGGGCCAAGCAGUGGGCUGAGGACAUGACAUCAGUGGUGAAGACCGUGCUGGACCUGACCUACCCCAUCACCUCCAUGUUCUCAGGGGCCGGCUUCAACAGCACCAUGAGCAGCGUCUUCGGGGACCGGCAAAUCGAGGACCUCUGGAUCCCCUACUUCACCAUCACCACGGACAUCACCGCCUCUGCCAUGAGGGUCCACACCGAUGGCUCCCUGUGGAGGUAUGUCCGUGCCAGCAUGUCCCUGUCAGGGUACAUGCCCCCACUCUGCGACCCCAAAGAUGGGCACCUGCUGAUGGAUGGGGGCUACAUCAACAACCUGCCAGCUGAUGUGGCCAGGUCGAUGGGAGCAAAGGUGGUGAUUGCCAUCGACGUGGGCAGUCAAGACGAGACAGACCUCACCAAUUAUGGUGAUGCGCUGUCUGGGUGGUGGCUGCUCUGGAAGCGCUGGAACCCCCUGGCCACGAAAGUGAAGGUGUUGAACAUGGCAGAGAUCCAAGCGCGCCUGGCCUACGUGUGCUGCGUCCGGCAGCUGGAGAUGGUGAAGAGCAGCGGGUACUGUGAGUACCUGCGCCCCCCCAUCGACAGCUACCGCACACUGGACUUCGGCAAGUUCGGUGAGAUCUGCGAAGCGGGGUACCAGCAUGGGCGGACGGUGUUUGAUGUCUGGCGUCGGAGUGGCGUCCUGGAGAAGAUGCUGCAGGACCGUCAGGGGUCAAGCAAGAUGAAGGCCUGCGACGUCCACACCUGCCCCAACGCUUCCUUCACGGACCUUGCCGAGAUUGUGUCACGCAUUGAGCCUGCCAAGGUGGCCUCAGUGGAUGACGAGUCUGACUACCAGACUGAGUAUGAGGAGGAGGUUCCCGACAGCCCCACGGACACGUAUGCUGAUUUCCAGAGCGCCCCUGCGGACGUGGCCUCCGACUCUGAGGAUGAGCCCUCACUUCGGCAUCGGCAUCCUGGUCUGGCUUCUCCAAAAUGGUCCCAGGACUCCUCGUCCCCCCAGCACUCGGAUCAAGAUGGAUAGAGGCCUCCACGCACCUUGAAACCCCUCCCCACCUGCCAGAAGACCAGGCUGGGGCCCAGGGCCCUGCCCCGUGUGCCGAGCGUUACCCCUGCUGGGGCCCAGGCUGGUGCAGGCAGCUCCUAGCCAGACCCUUGGUCCUGCUCCCUUCUGCACACAUAGCAGCCCGGGGGGGCGGUGCGAGCCCCCGAUCCCCCUGAGAGCUGUCAGAGUCCCCAGUGCUUCUGCUUAGCAUGUCAAUAAAAGAUCUGUGUGUGGGCCGUG